AUGGACCCAAGUCUUCAUUAUCCACCACUUGCAGACACUGCAAACGAUGGGUACGAGAAAUCCCAGCUAUCCGGCUCCUACUUUGUCGUGCCCUCGCCGGCCACGACAUUCUGGAAUGACCCGAGCUCAUCUUGGCCUCCACUUCCGUCUUUUGGUCAUGGACAAGACCCCAGUGAAUGUGAAACGUCGUCUCAAAAUACAUACCUGAACGACUGGGUACUGCUGCCGCCUGCAGAGUCGACAUUCAUUGACCCUGCACUCACACGGGAUGAUCUGUCGAACCUCCCUGAUGAGUUGUAUUCCGAGCUUAGAGAACACCAAUCCGCCGGGCUUCCUGAGUUUCUUGGCCCAAGCUAUCCAUACCCGGAUUCACAAGGUCAACCUUGGGGUUCAUACUCGCAAAGCUUUUCUGAGUCAAGCUCGGUCCUAGCCAACUCCGCCCAAUGGUCGACGGAAUCAACCUACGAUGAGCAUGUCAUUUCAUCUGGGCAAAGCACUGAUACUUGCUACGGAGAGACCGCUCAACCGACAUCUGACCAAACCCUCGACCCGAAUACAAGUAGAAUUGGGAAUCGCAAGCGGGCGAGAUCCCAAGCGAAAUCCUGGGACUAUGGAGCGUCAAGUUGUCUCAAAGAAGAGAACACUUCUCCACAUAAUACAGGAGAGGCGGAGGAAGAGCUUGAAGGUGAAGAAGCAGAAGCACCGCCUAGCAAAAGGCUGGCUUGUCCCUUCUACAAGUUUGAUCGAGUCACACACCUCCACUGUGCUCGAUUUCACUUGAAGAGGGUCAAGGACGUGAAGCAGCAUCUUCUCAGGAAACAUCGGUUUCACUGCACGGGCUGCCACGAGGGGUUCAAGGACAAGCAGAAGUGUAAGGGCCAUGUUGAGGCCCAGCAAUGCCACAGCGGGGCCAGCCCGCAACCUGCUGUGAUUGACGAAGGCAUCUCGGACCAUCAGGUAAGCGAUCUCUUGAAGAGGAUGAAUAGCGGUAAUUCAUGGUACAUAAUCUGGGACAUUUUGUUUCCAGGACACGCUGUUCCGGCCUCGCCAUUCUUGAAGAGCGGCGUGGAGGAAGUCAUCUCCACCGUCUGCGACUUGUGGGAGAAGAAUGGGUCCAAGGUCCUGUCCUCUCUCAACGACGCCUCCUUGCCGACGAAUUUGAUAACCGACGCAGAGCGCACCAAGGCCCCCGGGAACUUCCCUUCCUCGGGGCCGUCUGCCAAUGGCAAUCUGUUGCUGAUCCUAAACAAGCUCGCAAAAAUCAGUGCCACGCAGAGCGAGGCCGAGGAGAUGUACCCCCCACGAUCGCAGCUCUGCUUUCCGACGUCUGCGACGAACUCGCCGUCCACCUCCUACACGACGACGUCCUCGACCACCCUUGAUGACGGAGAGAGAUGGCAGCUCGGUGACGGGAUGUUGUCUAGUCCUCCUCUCAAAGUGGAAACCCCGAGCUACGCGAGAUCGAAUUCGAAGAGGAGAGCCGAGAAAUCACGAAACGUUGGCGGAAGAAGAAUGGAAAGCUGA